AUGAAGGGUGUUCUGAGGUUUGGUAAGAAGGGGAAGCGUAGUCCCUGGAAAGUUAGACCGUAUAGAAAUCCCAAGAGGAUUGGCAAGGUAGCUUAUGAGUUGGAGCUACAAAAAGAGUUAGAUGCAUAUAAUCCUGUGUAUCAUCUCUCCAUGUUUAAAAAGUGCAUGAGUGAUCCUUCCUUGAUCAUUCCUACUGAUACUAUUGAGAUCAAAGAUAAUUUGUCUAAUGAGGAGAUUUCGGUGAAAAUCCUAGAUCGCCAUGUUUGCAAGUUGAGAAUAAAUAAGGUAGGAUCAAUCAAGAUCCUUUGGAGGAACCAAUUUGUUGAAGAAGCUACUUCGAAAGCUGAAGAGGGCAUGAAUAAGAGAUAUCCACAUCUCUUUGAAUCCGGGAAAAAUGCAAACCAAAGUACUAAUUUUCUUCUUAGUACUAUCAAAUUUUGA